UAUCCUGUAGUUUCAUGAAAGGAAAUUUGAUCUGCUGCAUGAAUUUUUAUAAAAAUAUUUUCACUAGUAAAUUGAUUUGAUACCAAUAAUUCAUGCUAAUUUCGCGUAUUUGCAACGUUUAGCUUUAAAAAACGGGACGUCGUGCAAUAUGGUUAAUUCUAGUUUAGCAUACGAAAUACUUCUGUAUAUCAAUUCGUUUUAUUUUGGCCUAUUCGCUACCUGUGAACUAGGUACGCUUAUUUUAAAGUCUGUAUUAAUUGGUGGGAAGUAUAAUGAUAGCGAUAAUAACCGAAGCUAUCGACUUGGACAAGAUUUUGGUGUUCUAGUAGCACUUUUUAUUAUAGAGGCGGCAAGACUAAUUCUCGGGAGGAAGGGCAGUCUUAGUGAAAAAGAUGUUCCUGUAAUGUUUUCUGUGCUCUUAACAGUGCCAUCAAUAACUGGAGUACUCUACCUUCUCAUAUGGCAAGUGGUUGUUCUUAGAAUUGAAUAUAUUUGGUGUACUUUAAUGCUCUCAUUACAAUCCUUGGAAUUUAUCUUUGCGUCCAUGUUUAUAGUUACUAUGUGUAGAGGGCCUUCAUAUGACUAAACUAUUUUUUCUUACCCUUUACAUCUUAAUUAUUAAAUAACUUGAUCAAUGAAACAAUUACUCUACAGAUCAUGCUUGCAUGCAUGCAUUUUUCUACUGGUUAGGUAGAUGUUCUAUUUAAUGAGUAACUGCAUAUUUAAAAUAAUGUGAAUAUGUAAAGUCGCAUAAUUUUAAUCUAUUAAAAAAACAUCAAUGUCUAUUUAUCUUAGUUUUUAAGUUUCUUAUUGUUGUAUUAUUAGACAAGCGUUUCGGUUCUCUAUAGCUCUUGUUGUCUUUCCAAACUGAAGCACUUUUAACUAGCACAACUUUUUGAUACAAAAUAGGUUAUACAGUAUUUAUCAAGAUUGUAUUAUAAAAGUGUGUCUUCCAUGUAGGACCCAUUCCCCUAAGUGUACUUAAAUUAUUUUGAUGAAAUUGUGCCCUUAUAAUUAAGUGUAAUGUUUACCUAAUGGAAAUAUGCUGUUCAUAUUGAUCUGUUAUAAUGCAACUAUCUAGUCAAAUAGAUUGAAGUAGAUGAUUUAAUAAAAUCAUAUUUUUACAAGAAAUAAUUUGUACUGAAGUGAUAAACCUUGUGGCCUUUAUAUACACUCAUAUUACCUUCCAUUAAUGAAAAUUGAAUAUUGUAUAUUUAAAACUAGAUACCAAAGAUUUGUAAUCAAUAUUUAUUGAGUGUUGUAUUUAUUAUAAAUUAUUAAGGAUAU